GCUCGAUGAGGAUCUCCAGCUCUAGGUCUAUGGCAGUUGCCUUCCAGUCAAACUGUGCAUGUGCAGGGGGUCAUUCAAGCCACACAGCCCUCAGUCAUUCAGUCACCACAAAUGCAAGAUGUUCAGUUGCUAUAGCUCAGGGAGGUGCAAUCCAGAUUUCCAGUCCUGCCUCCGACGGUGUCCAGGGGCUGCAGGCCUUAACGAUGACCAACUCCGGAGCUCCUCAGCCGGGCGCUACCAUCGUGCAAUACGCGGCCCAGUCACCCGACGGCACGCAGCAGUUUUUUGUUCCUGGAAGCCAAGUUGUUGUCCAAGCUGCCACCGGGGACAUGCCAGCCUACCAGCUCCGCACGCCCGCCACGGCCCUGCCGCAGGGGGUGGUGAUGGCCGCGUCGCCGGGCGCGCUGCACAGCCCGCAGCAGCUCGCCGAGGAGGCCACGCGCAAGAGGGAGCUGCGACUCAUGAAGAACAGGGAAGCUGCCAGAGAAUGUCGCAGAAAGAAGAAAGAAUAUGUCAAAUGUCUUGAAAAUCGUGUGGCUGUGCUUGAAAACCAAAACAAGACUCUCAUUGAGGAACUCAAGGCCCUCAAAGAUCUUUAUUGCCAUAAAGCAGAAUAACUGUCUUUCAUUUGGACCUUGUUUAUUACGAACUUUACCCAAGGCAUGAGAGGAAGCAAUUCUACAGAUUGCCAUAUGAACUUGAGAAAGAGACACUUGAGGCCCUUGUGGAAUGCAGUUUUGCUUAGUGGUUUCAGAGUGAUUUGGGAGAUGUUCCAAAAUUUGGAAUUCAGUCAUAGUCUCCAUACUCUGCUGAGCUUUCUAGUAGCAUGCAAAUGGCUUUUUUGUUUGCACUUUUUACUUCUGCUUUUUGCAGGGAAGCUGCUAAAGAAUGUCGACGUCGGAAGAAAGAAUACAUAAAAUGUCUGGAGAGUCGUGUUGCAGUGCUAGAAGUUCAGAACAAGAAACUUAUAGAGGAGCUUGAAACCCUAAAAGACAUUUGCUCUUCCAAAACAGAUUAGUAGAAAUAUUUAUUUUACUGUGAACUGACUAACAUAUGUCCGGUUACUUUAUAAGGCAAUACAUAGCCGACAUGAAUUAUGGCUUUCUCUUUGUGUCAUUUAUAUUAUAUUCCAACUUCUAACAUUCCUGAAAUGCUUUCCUGCUUUUUGUCAAUUUUUAGCUCUGAUUCCAGCAGUUUUCCAUGCUGCUCUCGUCCACCUCCCAAGGAGCCGAAUGUUAACGUGUGUAACAAAGUUAAGAAGCGCAUAAUUUCUAAGAGCUAUUUCUUUGCCAUAUAUCCACAUUACUACUUUUUACAUGUUACUGAUAGCGUCCUGCACAUACAGAAUAUUUUACAGUUGUUUUAAAUGAAUCAUAAAGAUAAUGCAUCCAGUAAUACACAAAAUCAAACUACUCAAGGUAUCUCAGGAAAGAGUUUAUAAAGAAUGUUAUGAUUACAUGUAUGUAUUAGAAUACUAGUCUACAAAUGAUUUUAUGGCAUAUUUUUAUAUUAGUUGCUUUGUGGAAAAAGUAUUGUAUUGCUGUCACGGAGUGCCAUGGUUGAAGAUAGUUUUUAAUAGAACCAUGUUGUUUAA